CGCUGCCUCCCCAGUGGUCGCGCCCGGCUCCAGCUGACCGGCCUGGAAUCCCGGCUGGGAGCCCCGCGCCCCCCCGCCCGCCGCUGCCGCCGCCCCGCGCCCCGGCCCCACCAUGGGAGACGCCGGCAGCGAGCGCAGCAAGGCGCCCAGCCUGCCACCGCGCUGCCCCUGCGGCUUCUGGGGGUCCAGCAAGACUAUGAAUCUCUGUUCCAAAUGCUUUGCUGAAAAAAGAAAUCCACACAACGAAAAAGAUUUCCAGAAGAAGCAGCCAGAUGAUGACUCUACUCCCAGCACAAGCAACAGCCAGUCAGAUUUGUUCUCUGGAGAAACGAACAGUGACAACAGCAAUACCUCUCUAACCACGCAGGCCGCUAACUCCAACCAGCAACUUUUGACAGAACUGAAUGUAACUUCACCGAGCAAAGAGGAAUGUGGGCCAUGCACAGGUACAGCUCAUGCCUCGUUAACUGCACCAACCAAAAGAUCUUGUGACUCAGAUUCACAGUCGGAGAGUGAGGCUUCUCCUGUGAAACGGCCACGGCUACUGGAUGACAGUAAUGACAGGCCUGAAGAAACCAGUCGAUCCAAACAGAAGAGUAGACGCCGAUGCUUCCAGUGCCAAACAAAACUGGAGCUAGUACAGCAGGAACUGGGAUCAUGUCGCUGUGGUUAUGUGUUCUGUAUGUUACAUCGCCUGCCCGAACAACAUGACUGCACGUUUGACCACAUGGGACGUGGACGUGAGGAAGCCAUUAUGAAAAUGGUGAAACUGGAUCGGAAAGUAGGGAGAUCUUGCCAACGCAUUGGCGAAGGAUGUUCCUGAGUGCAAGACUGCAACCAAAUGCUGUUCUCUUAGUUCACUAAUGUUAGCCUUAUUUAGGACAAAGUCAGCCAGACACCUUGUACUAGGCAAGUUUCAGACUACAGCCAAUCAGUUUCCUUUCUUUAGCCAACCGUCCUGGUACUGUAGUUUAGGGUUGAUGGUGGUUGAAAUUGAUUUCUGGCUGGUUACUAAGGUGCCUGCUAGCCUCCCUAUAAAAAUAAACCAUGAAGAAAUAUUAUUUUUGAGCAUGGCUAGUGGUUUUAAACAAAACAAGAAAAAUCCAAAGGCUUCUGUUAUUGCUGGAGUCACUCUAAAAGCCUUAUGCUGGAAACAUUCCAGCUGCAGAGUUAAAACAAAUAGUUGUAUAGACGCUGGUGUAAAAGUUUGCUAUGCACAUGGCUUUCGGACAAACUGUUUAAUGUGCAGCCUUUCACCUCUUCACUGCUAGUGAAUCUUGAGGAGGUGAAAUACUACUAAGAGCAGCAACUGUAGCUGCUUAAGCCCAGAAGACCUGACUGGUCACUCGUGCCUUCAUCGCGUGUGGCUUUUGAGUUAGGCAGUGUCACCAGCAUCAGGGAUUCUUUUGGGGUAGGAACAUCUUUCUGGUUCUUCCCAGGAAGCCAAAAAGAAAGGGGGACAGAGAUUCUUAUGAAAAAUUUUUAUAUCUAUCUUACUAUAAAGAACCUAUCAGGGUUUUGUUUUUUUUUUUUUUUGUUGUUUUGGGGUGGUUUGUUUUUGGUUUUCUUUUUUUUUUUUUUCUCCAUUAAAUUAUGAUCUCACUUUAAAGCAAACUCCAUCCCAGAGCAGUAAAUGGUGCAUACUUUUUACAUGGCAUCCACAGAGAUUCUAUGAGUUGUGUGAACAGAUUCCACAUACCUUGAGCAGUGCAGCCAUUCCCACCGGCCGAAACCUGAUUGGCUCUUGUUUGCCUUUUGCUAAGUGCAGGUAUCUGAUAAUUGAUCAAAUAAGGCUAAUUCACAGCACAGUAGCCAUGGCUGGAUUCUACAGACUGACUUUCUGUAGCUAGACUUAUAUAUUGGGGGAAAAAAAAGGACAUUUUGUAGCAAACGGAAUUCAGUAACAGUAUUGGGGAACAACCGGUAAAACACCCUUUAUCAGAUUGAGUUUGUGUUCCUCGCUUCCAGAGUGUCAAUGAGAUAAUCAAACGGGCGAUGCCCGCCCGCUUUCUAUGCAGCUGAACGCUCUCAUGAAAAUCUCUGCCCGCAUCUAUUGCAAAGCAAGUAUAGCAAGCGAAUGUGAAAAGCAUUACAUGGAGUAGAAUGUUUUUGGAUCUGUUUAGACCUAUGGUUCUGUAUUAUGGUAUGUCACACCGAGCUGAGCUGAGCUGAAUUGCACCAGUCUUGUCAGUUUGGAAUCAAAAAAGCAACCACAAUAGCCGCUAUGUCUCCUGCUGCCUAACAGGGUUUAUGCAGGUAAAAAGGUUGUGUACCGAUGUGGCCCAGCUUAAUCCCGAGUGAAUUUAGCUUCUCAGUCUAUUAGUGUGGUAUUAACAAUCAGGUAAAUUUGUAAGCAAACCUGAGGGAAGGAAGGAUUUUGUCUUAUCUUCAAAUACUGGGCAGGUACAAAACGUCGGAGGGGUGAAGUAACGCGUCACUUGAAAAAACCCAGCGUUUUGGGACUAAGCUUGUAUGAGUCAUCCUCCAUUUCACUUGUUGCAGGUAACUAACUCCUUAUAGGCCAAAUUAUAUUGUUACUUCGGUAGCCAGCUAGGAGCAUUUUAACAAGGAGACAACUCAUUUAAAAAAAAAAAAAGAAGAGUAUAUAUAUAUACACGUCUCUCCACACACACUCAGCAUCUGACUGUAUUAGCAUUAAUUAACCAUGAAGCAAAUCAGAAGUGUCCCAUCAUUAUAAAAUGCAAGCUAUCCAAAAGGCAAGCUGUUUUGUUGGUUUUUUUUUUAAUUCUUGUUAUUAUUCAAGAAUAUGAAACCAGCAGCAAAAUCUUCUGUAAUGUGCUGCAUUUUCAGGAAGUGGUCCUGGUGAGAGGGACUGUCCAAGGAUGUGAUUUACAUUUGCUGUGAGGAGUUUAAAAAAAACACGGAUUUUGGCGGCUGCUGUGAUACGCACUUUCUUUUCCUACAAAAUCCUGUCAUAGCAUUUGAUGGGCAUUCUGAUUGAUACACAAGACUUUUCUGCAUUAAUACUGAAGAUGCUAUUUUGUUCCUUCUUAAUAUUCUCUUUAAUCUCGUUACAAGUGCACAGACGGUUUCAAGGUGGCUCUUGAGAGAACACUACUUAAAGUUCAUGUGAAUUAUGGACAAUGUUCACUUUAAAGAAAAAGUUGGGGAGGGGGUUGUUCCUUUGCAGUAUCUGUUCUGUGAAGUUUGUUAAACGUAAAGAAAGCUUAAGUUCUUGUAUCUUAAAAGAAGAUCUUAUUUAACCCUUUUGUGUUCUAGAUUUACUUACACAUGUAGCCUAGAGCUCAGUUUUAGUUUAACAUUGUGAAAAUAUUAAAAGAAUCUUGUAACUUUAUUCUUUUUCCUCAUGCUAAAAAAAAUUAAACCAAUCAGAUUAAAGUUUGAAUUCCUUUCUGCCUAUUCCAACAGA